ACUUUCGGUGCUUCAGCGCUAGCCAUGUCUCGCUAUACCCACCCUACUGUAUUCAAUCCGUCAUGAUCUGGCGUCAAUCACCUUCUCAUCACUGUUCCAAAGGCUGUUGAUGUCGUAACGCAACAAUGCAUAGCAGCUUCGAGCGACAAUCUGGCCUGACCGCUUUCAGUGUUCAUGCAGAUCAAGCCCGGAGAAGGUGUGCUCUCUGAGCAAAAGAAGAAAGCGCGGAAAUCUUCUGAUUUGAUCUCAUGAAGUAGGGCACAGCCGAGUAAGGCGGUGUAUCACACAUGAAAGGACAGCAACUCAUGUUUCUCCCUCGAUGGUUAUUGAAGGUCCUUCAGCGAGUGCUUUGCAGUCGCGCUGGAGGUCUCUCGCCUUUGAAAGCCAUUCUGCUUCUCUGGCGCUUCUUCUGGCGCUUCUUACGACGUUUCUCGCGUACUCGAGAUGACGGAGCACCUGAUGAACUGCCGCAGCACAUACCUGACCAAGUUUCCUAUUUACCCCAAGAUAUGGAGACCCGCGCGAUGUCACUUGCGGUCGAAGAUGAGCCUGUGCCAGCUGUCGUGUGCCGGAUUAUCACUCUACCUAAUAAUACCGGUUUGGCAGUCGAAACCGAUUUGAAUCCAUCGAAUGGGCAUCCACCCCUCCACGGUCCUCGUCCUUCAUCGAUCAUGCGAUCACCAAUUAAAGGUUCCUUUAAUUCGUAUGCCCGCUCCAAUCCGUCAAAUUUACCUCAAGAUACUAGCGGUACAGUGUUCAACUCUGCCGCAGACGCGCAUCUGAACCCAUCGCAUGCUCAUUUGCCGCAUGCCAGACGUAGGUCUGGCAGGGGAGGACUGUCAUCUGACUCUGAUGUUGAGACGUCUGCGAUCUUUUCACAUUGCAGAAGGUACAUCCUUUCUUCUUCCCCUUACAUCCCAGAAUGCAUCGCAAGGUUGGGCCUAGACUAAGAAAUCCAUACGUUCCAAAUGUACCCUGGAUCGCUCCUUUAACUACCUCAUUUACUCUCCAUGGUGUUCCCAGCGGUUGGUCACUGCACACGAGUCCUCUAGGUGUUCGCUACUAUGUACACGAGAGGAU